CUAACCUAUUUUACGUGUAUCAUUGUCCUAACCUUCCUGCAUGUGUCAAUUGUGUAUGAUCGCGUUAAUUCAGAUGACAUAUCUUCGGGAGGAUCCCCGUUGUACGCAAAGUAAUAGGCUUCCAAGAAACAAAAGCAAUAAACGAUGAACGUACAAACGAGACACCCUUACGAGGGUUUGCUGCAUAAAUACACGAAUGCUAUGAAGGGCUGGCAGUACCGUUGGUUCAUCCUGAGUCCGGAGACUGGUGAACUGCACUACUUCCUCAGCGAGUCGGAGAAGAAUCAGAGACCACGGUGUUCAAUUUAUUUAGCAGGCGCCGUAAUAGCUCCCAGCGAUGAAGACUCGAAUACAUUCACCGUUAAUUCCGCUACAGGUGACAUGAUCAAAUUGAGAGCCACAAAUGCUCGAGCUCGUCAGGAAUGGGUGGACAAGUUGCGGGCAGUGACAGAAAUGUACACUAGAGCUAUCGCCAGUAGCCAUCCUCCGUUGCCACCGCGAGAACAUUCCGGGAAUCCAAAUAGAAAUCCUGUUGUUAAGCUAGAAGUGUUGGAUGCCUUUGCCAACUGUCAGGAGCAAUUGAGAAAAGUGGAAAAACUUAAUCUUGCCUUAGCACAAUCUAUUGAAAAUUCGGAUCUACAUCUAGAUCCAGAUCUCUUGGUUCUCAAAGCCAUGUCACACAUCACCUUGCAUACACUGAGCCAAUGUCUCAAUAUAUUAUAUCAAUAGUAAAUCAUAUAUAGGUAUUAUGCUUAUAUACGAUUUAUUCUUAAUUAUUGAAAUUUUUAUACUUGCGAAUAUACGAUUUAACUCUCUAUUGCGAUGUCCGUAUAUAUUUUAUCUUGAACAACGAUUUGCCUAUAUAUGAUUAGAGCUGGCUUCAGAUAUUCAUACGUAAUUUGCUGAAAUUAAGAUUGAGACCUCUUGCCAAAAUAUCUAAUAAAUAAUUUUUAAUAAUCAAAUAUAUGAUUUAAUUUUUAUCAGUAAUUUAUAUAA